UCAAUAUUUGGCAGUUUACUUGCAGAAAUAUUUGUAGGAGGUUUGAGGAAGACAUGUGCUUGUCCGUACAGACACACAACAGUGGUGGCAUACAUCAACCACCAGGACGGCCUCAGAUCUCCCAGCUUUUGCUCUGGGUGCUCCGCUGUGUCUGGAGAAAAUCAGCCAGGACCGGGCCAAGGAACUUUUAGUAGCCCUUUAUUGGCCCAGGAGACUGGUGUUCAGCUGAUACAUCUCCUGAGAGGCCAGCUGUGGACACUGCCCAAGCGCCGCAACCUGCUCAGGCAGACGUAGGGGAGUUUAUGGCAUCCCAAUUCAUCAAGCCUGCAGCUCUGGCUCUGGUCCCUGAACGUCUGCCUUUGAGCCGUCUGGGUCUUUCCAAUAGGAUUAUUGACACCCUGCAAAAUGCCAGAGCAGCGUCCACGCGUUCCUAGUACUGGUAGAAGUGGGACGUCUUUCAGACGUGGUGCCUGCCUCGGGGGUUCGGCCCCAUGGCCUGUCCCAUGGCAAUUAUACUGCAAUUUGUGCAGUACCUGUUUGACGAGGGGAAAUCCCUAUUUCAGUUUGCCAUGUCAAAAUGGACAGACUCCCCAGCUUUGGCUGCCUAUGAAGGAUAUUGUUCCUCGCUGGAGGCUUAACGUGGUGCUUGAAGCACUUAUGAAGCCUCCAUUUGAGCCCUUGCAUUCAGCUAUGCUGAAAUAUGUAUUGCUAAAGCAGCUUUCUUGCUUGCAAUCACUUCUGCAAAGCAGGUGAGUGAGAUGCAGGCAAUCUCAAUUGCAAAAGCCUGAUUAAUUUUUGCAGAAGCAACCAAACCUGCUUUUUUUGCCCAAAAUUAUCUCAGCAUUUCAUGUCAACCGGUCUGUGGAAUUGGAGGCUUUCCAUCCACCUCCUUUCCAGUCAGACAGAGAGCAGCAGCUCCAUACAGUACGUUCUGUCUUGUGUGGGCACUAGUGUAUUAUAUUGAUAGGACGAAAAAUUGGAGGUAGUCCGAACAGUUUGUCUGCUAUAGGGCUAAUUCCCAAGGUCAAGCCCUGUCUAAACAGAGGCUGUCCAAAUAGCCAACUUGCCCCCUCCAAAGAAGCUCACUGCCCAUUCCACCAGGGGCAUGGCAACUUUGUGGGCUUUAUUCCAGGGUACAUCUGCCAAGGACAUUUGCAAUGCAGCGGUGUGGGUUACUCCCCAUACCUUUACUAGGUUCUACAGACUGAAUGUCGUGAAUCCUCAAAACCCUGGCUAUGGAACUAGUGUUAAGGGCUGCUUCCGAGUCAACCUUACAACACAGACAGAGAGGUGAGUUCUCCCUCAAUUUUUGUACUUCAAAGGGAACCAUUAACAUUCAAGGUUGCUGCAUCCAUGAUUGAAGCAGGCUUGAAGGAAAAAUGACGCUGAGUUGUGUGUGUGUGCAGUCCUUUUAUACUCUCGGGGGCGGGCAUGACUGCGUCACAGAGGCUCGGCUGAGCAGCUGUGAUAUAUUUAAUCAGGUUUAGGUCUUUAGGUAAAUACCCAUUUGGUAAUGAUUUCAUUUCUGUUUCAAGGAACCAGGGUUAUGACAAAAACCUAACUUUUUCCUCAAUGUGCACACUACAUGUUGUUUGCAAGGAAUACAAGCCUGUCGACCUGCUCUGCAUCCAAGGCGUCAGGCUUUGUGUUCACAUUGAAUACUUACAAAGCACUUUCAAAAUGGAUUUGCUGUUUGUCCGGAUGGGACCAGCAAGUCAGAUGAUAGUUAACACUUGAGCAGGAAAAAAGAACACGCCCACUUCUUGCCUUUGGCAGAAAUACGAGUUUGGUGCGAUUUCAUUGAUAAACUAAAUAAUGAACUAUGAGCGUUACAAAAAAAUAAUUGUUCAACUGAUUAUCCAGUAUUUAUCUCAAUGUAUGUAAUGACGAAUCAAUUUUCGAUUUAAUUGUACCAGCCCUAAUUAUACACACACAGCAGUCCGUCACAUAUCCAACUGUGGUAGGACCAGAGUAAGGGUGGAUAUGUAAAAAGUCAGAUGAAUGAAUCCUGUUUUAAAUGCCAUUAUACACAGCUGUAACAAUUAAUAUGUUCAUACAAUUAUUGAUUUGAGAUUCAGCUUUUAUUGGGAGCUCCCCUAAAUCCCUUGUUUAGAAAGAUACAGGGUAUUAAAGCUUGUGACAGAGUAGCCAUCUGCCGUGUGGGUGAGUGCAUUCGCUGCUGAGUGACAGGCAGGUGAUCGAGAUGGAGGUUGAAGUUGAUACGCCCCCCGCAGGUGAACUGGAUUUGUUUACAUAUCAACACACAGCUCAUGUGACACUACCAUCAAUGGCAGCGCAUGGAGCACAUACAACCCAGUGUACGAAAACUUAGGUAGGAUCUACAAUAUCUAAACUAAUCUUCUCUGUUCAAUAAUAAACUAACAUUGCUGAAGAGGCUGAUCAUGAUGGAUAAACGGUUAGGGCGGAUAUGUGACCUGUGGAUAUGUGACGGAUUACUGUAUAUAUAUAUAUAUAUAUAUAUAUAUAUAUAUUAUUUAUUUCUUAGCAGACGCCCUUAUCCAGGGCGACUUACAAUUGUUACAAGAUAUCACAUUAUACAUUAUUUCACAUUAUACAGAUAUGACAUUAUUUUACAUACAAUUCCCCAUUUAUACAGUUGGGUUUUUACUGGAGCAAUCUAGGUAAAGUACCUUGCUCAAGGGUACAACAGCAGUGUCCCCCACUGGGGAUUGAACCCACAACCCUCGGGUCAAGAGUCCAGAGCCCUAACCACUACUCCACACUGCUGCCCUAAAUAUAUAUAUAUAUUGUAGAAAGAGCGGCGUCGCCUUUAAGAAAUGGCGACGCCAUUUGAAAAACUAUACAACCCAGGAACCUAAGCUUUAAUAAGGAAGGCGGGGUUUCUGGGUAUAAAGGGAAGUGGAGCGGUACAGCAGGGGGUGAUCGUAGGGAGCACCGCCGGUGUGUACUGCUGAACAGGGCUCAGAGAAUUGAAAGUGCAUUAAAGUGAACGUUUGGUUUCGUUUUGAGUAAAGCUGUAUUUUGUUUUACUGUGGGCGUUUAUCCUCUUUGUGAGGUAGUCUUUUGUUUUGUUAAAGUUUAAUUUAUUUUUAUGAAAUACCGGACAAGAGACGCUGGCUACCGGUGACGAAUUUAAAACAAUUCCGCAGUUUCCGUGACGGUUGGGACCGUCACAACUGCCGUUUGUAUAUGGGUGUAUGUUUGUCUCGGGACUCAGAGGGAAGCGCGCAUGAAGACGCAGCACAAUUAGCGAACUGUAAUAAUAAGAACGGAGGCAACGGUCUGGAGUUUUGGGACGUGGCUUUUAUUGUACAGACAGGAACUGCAGUUUCCACAGGCGGUGUAAACAAACAAGGAUAUUGUGUUUGAACUCUGGGAUACCCCCGUGUUCCUGUGAAGCACUGGGACAUUGGUUGCAGGGGUUCACCCCCACAACCAGGAUACAAUUCCAUUUGCAUUCUUGUGGAUUAUUACCAGUCUUGCAGCGAUACUCCAGCUGUGGGUGUCCACGUUGUUCUUACCUAUCACCUGUGUUCAAGGAUACUCCAACAGGGGGAGGAGAAUCUCUCUGUUCUUGUCUGUGUUUCAGCCAGUUCCAGCAGAGGGAGUCUGCGUUACCCUGACCUGUUACAGAGGCAUUCCAACAGAGGGUGUCUUUGUGUUCCUACCUGCGUUACGACAAGGCUCCAGCAGAGGGAGUCUGCGUUGUCCUGACCUGUGUUACAGAGACAUUCCGGCAGAGGGCGUUCCUUCUUCUUACCUGUGUGGCCGAGAGACUCCAGCAGAGGGCACCGGGUCCAUACUUACCUGUGUAGCAGGAAUACUCCACAGGGAAAGGACUUGCAAAGGCCUCGGCCUGCUGGACUCGGUACUUCUGAAUCAGUUAGUGAGGGACGAAGAAGUGAGCUAGUUAGUGACCCGUACAGGGCUUUACUCAACGCAGAGAAAGUGAUAAUUUGUGUAAAUAUUGUAAAUAAAGAAUUACUUACCUGAACAUUCCUUGUGUCUGUGCCAGUCGGUGGAAGCAAAAGGAGAGUCACACACGGGAGUACUCUCCUGCAGCUACUAAACAGCAUCCUGUGUGAUGUCAUGGACAGUGUGAAGAUGGAAUCUAUCCCAGUUAAAGAGGAGUUCCCUGAAAUUGAACUUGCCCCCAUUAGAGUGGAGUUCUCUGGGCUGGUUUUCCUCCCUAUUAAACAGGUGCUCUAUGAGAUGGAAUGUGAAAGCAGUCAGCCAGAGGUCUUGGAGAUUAAAGCUGAGCACAAUGAAUUGGAGAUCCCACAGACCGAAGAACACCUUCCUGUUAAACAAGAAGAGGUGCUGGAAACUGUCCGUAUUAAACAGGAUCCUCCUGAAGUAGAGUUUGACCACAUGGAACCAGGGAAGGAAGAAUCCGAGGACUUCAAACCAAACAUCCCUGAGCUGGAGCCUGUACUCCUGCGGGAGUGUAGUGUGGUGCUGGAGAGAAUAUGCAUGAGAGAGCAAGGAGUUGGAGAGGAAGGCUCUCCCAACAGCAUGCAAGGAGAUGGAAAGGAAGACAGACGGUCAUGUUCAGAAUACAGUCUAGCAGGUUCCAGUCCAGCAGCUAAAGUGAGGCCGGGCGAUGGAGAAUAUCCUGACUGUGGGAAAGAUUUCACUCAGUUAGGGCAUUUUAAAAAACACCAGCAAAACACCAGCAAACCAUAUCACUGCUCUGACUGUGGGAAGAGUUUCAGUCAGUCACACAGCCUUGUUUCACACAAGCGAAUUCACACAGGAGAAAAACUAUAUCACUGCUCUGACUGUGGGAAGAGUUUCAAUGACUCAGGACACCUGAAAAGACACCAGAGAAUUCACACAGGAGAGAAACCGUAUCACUGCACUUACUGUGGUAAGAGUUUCAGAGACUCGGGAAACCUGAAAAAACACCAGCGAAUUCACACAGGAGAGAAACCAUAUUCCUGCUCUGAAUGUGGAAAGAGUUUCAAUCACUCGGGAAACCUGAAAAAACACCAGCGAAUUCACACAGGAGAGAAUCCGUAUUCCUGCUCUGAAUGUGGGAGAAGGUUCAGUCACUCGGGAAACCUGAAAAAACACCAGCAAAUUCACAGAGGAGAGAAACCGUAUUCCUGCUCUGAAUGUGGGAGAAGGUUCAGUCACUCGGGAAACCUGAAAAAACACCAGCGAAUUCACAGAGGAGAGAAACCUUAAAGAGCAUAUUAAUGGGACUUUUCACUCAUUCAGGAAAAGCAUUAACCUUGUAUUGAGUCCCUGUGUAACCUAAUCGGGACACUGAUAAUCGGUAUUUCUACUUAAAUGGGACAGAAUUCUGGGGGUGGUUCUUCCCAAUGCUAUUUGUUUAAUUGGGACGUCACUUUGUUAUUUGGGAUACAGUAUUUUGAAAUGACCAGAGAUUGCAAGACAGGUUUCUCCUUCCCCACCUGUGACUCCACCAUCUCCUCCCGUAUCUCUACCUGUCUGUCUGCUAUUUCCUCCUGGAUGCACUCGCAUCACCUCAAACUCAACCUCUCUAAAUCUGACCUCCUUUUCUUUCCCUCCUCCUCCCCCUCCUCUGAUCUCUCUAUCUCUGUUCCUCUGGAAUCUACCACACUCUUCCUCCACUAAGAACCUCGGAGUCACCCUGGACCCCUGCCUCUCUUAUUCCCAGCACAUCUCCACUCUGGCACGCACUUGCCGAUUCUUCCUGAGCAACAUCCGAAGAAUCCGACCCUUCCUCACCAACUAUGCUACCCAGCUCCUGGUCCAGGCCCUGGUACUCUCCCGCCUAGACUACUGCAACUCCCUCCUGGCUGGCCUCCCUGCGUCCGCCACCCGUCCGCUCCAGCUCAUCCAGAACUCUGCUGCCCGCCUAGUGUUCUCUCUGCCUCGCUUCGCCCACGCUACUCCACUACUCCGCUCGCUCCACUGGCUCCCGAUCACCGCUCGCAUCCAGUUCAAGACUCUUGUACUAGCCUACAGAUGCCUUGACCAGUCUGCACCCAGCUACCUCCAGACCCUCAUCUCUCCCUACACCCCCACUCGACCUCUCCGCUCCGCCUGCACUAGAAGACUAGCUCUACCACCGCUACGCUCCCCUGCCUCCAAAGCCCGCUCCUUCUCCACCCUUGCUCCGCAGUUGUGGAAUGACCUUCCUACAGAUGUCAGGACUGCCCAGUCCCUGACAACAUUCCGGCGCCUCCUUAAGACUCACCUCUUCAAAGAGCACCUGUAGAACUCCUCUGUUUGUAUCCUGGGACACUAUCACCCUUCAUGUAAAUGUGCUUUAUUUUGCUCUUAUCAGCCCCUAUUUUACUGCAUUUAAUCCUGUACUUCAGAAUACUGUAAUCUGCCAAGUUUUUAACCUGUAGUACUUUGUAUUUAAUCACAUCCUGAUGUAGCUAUCACUAUUUAAUCAUAUCCUGAUGUAACUAUCACUAUUACCUGCUGUAUUAUUGAUUUGUGGUUUGUCAAACUUGUACUUUACUUGAACAAAAGUUAUUGUAUUUCUUGCUCUUAUUGUAUUACUUGUAUUGUAACGCUUGAAAUGUUUUUGCUUACGAUUGUAAGUCGCCCUGGAUAAGGGCGUCUGCUAAGAAAUAAAUAAUAAUAAUAAUAAUAAUAACUAUCACUGUCACUGUUAUCUGCUGUAUUAUUGAAUUGUAUUUUGUCACACUUGUACUUGCUUGAACCAAAGUCAUUGUAUUUAUCUUGCUUUUAUUGUAUUACUUGUACUGUAACACUUGAAAUGUACUGUAUUUGCUUACGAUUGUAAGUCGCCCUGGAUAAGGACGUCUGCUAAUAAUAAUAAUAAUAAUAAUUAUGCUGUGACUUUAUUUCAAUGUCACAGAGGCUUCUCUGCAGUCAGUUUAAAUGCAGUCAGUGCCUGUGAGCGGAAAUAUGCAGAAAGGAAGCUAUUCCUUAACUCAUCUGAUAUACGAGUCAGGAGAAAUCGUUAACUCAGUGUGGUAAAUGAGUUUCAGAGUUUAGCAUUUAUUAUUAUUAUUAUUUAUUUCUUAGCAGACGCCCUUAUCCAUUUAAACUUAAUUAAUCUGAAAAUAAAUAAAUUGAUCAGAACGAGUAUCCCAACCCUCGUAUAUAGCAUCCCAGAGACAAGAAUGCACCGUCCUUACUGGACAGUUGCCUAGAUGAUUCAUUUUGUAAAUUCAUCAUGAUUCUAGAACCUAUGAAAUGAUAGUGUCCCAUGGCUGUAUUUCGACAUGAAUGACAAUAUUGCGUGAGGUGUGGGUUUGCAAUGUGCGUUGUCCAUGCUUUUAUUUUAGCCUGCUUUUGUAAGUUGGCCCAAAUAAUACAAGUGUAACAAGCAUGUGUACGGAUCUUAGGUACAGAAAGGCAUACAGAUUUUACACUCUGGUGACAACAUACAGUUUUAUACUGUGAUGAAUUACAAAUUAAUAUGUAGCUUAGCUACAACUGUAAUAGAUUAAGCUAUCAUUACAGAGCAUAAAAUCUAAAAUGCAGUCUGGUAAUAGAAAUAAACAGGGGGAGGAGGGGGUCUAUAGAUUUUGCAAAGGCUUUAUGUUCCUUUAGUAUAGAUAAAUAAAUGCUGAUGCAAGGCCAGGACCUUGUUAAAUUGUGUUAUGAAGACAUGUAUGUAAUCGUUGUUCUUGUGAGACUUGACUACAAUUAACACUUAAAAGUGUGCAGAUUUAAUGAUUGAUUAAUAUUAGUGCUGGGACGAACACGGAAUUUAUAUGUUUGGAUAUUGGCUCAUUGACUUUGAUUUGGAAAAAGCACAAGUCAUUUUUUGACUUGGGUGCUAAAAGGAACAUUUUAAAGAACUUUUAAAUAGCAAAACUGUAAAUAGUUAUGAUGUUGACAGCUACCCGCAGAGACUUUGGUGCAACACUAAUUUUUACGUUGUGAAUGGGGGACUUUCAAAAUAAAAAACGUUUCAUGGUAA